CGAAGCUACACACCACACACUGUUUUGUUUUUGCAACAAAAAAAAAAAAACUCUGCAUACUUCAAAAAUGGCGGCAGCCACUUCCAGAACCCCAUUCUCCCCCGUAUCUCCAUCUUCUUCCACUUCCUCUUCUCACUCCACCUUCCCAAACCGUAUUCUCAGAUCCACGCUCCCAUUUUCCUCCAUUCUCACCGAUAAUAAGAAGCACCAUUCCCUCAAAAUAUCAAACACCAUCUCAAACAACCCUAAACCACGACCACCAUCCGCUACCACCACCAUCACCACCACCACACCAACCACCGCACCCUCCAUCGCCACUCGUCCUCCCGCCGGCGAGCCUCGCAAGGGCGCAGAUAUCCUCGUGGAGGCUCUGGAGCGUGAAGGCGUAACCACCGUCUUCGCCUACCCCGGUGGCGCGUCGAUGGAGAUCCACCAAGCUCUGACGCGCUCCGCCGUCAUCCGUAACGUCCUCCCCCGCCACGAACAAGGCGGCGCCUUCGCCGCCGAGGGUUACGCCCGCUCCUCCGGCCUCCCCGGCGUCUGCAUCGCCACCUCCGGUCCCGGCGCCACCAACCUCGUGUCCGGCCUCGCUGACGCGAUGAUGGACUCAAUCCCUAUCGUUGCCGUGACCGGCCAGGUUCCCCGCCGCAUGAUCGGAACCGACGCAUUUCAAGAAACCCCAAUCGUUGAGGUAACUCGAUCUAUCACGAAGCAUAAUUACCUUGUUCUUGAUGUUGAUGAAAUCCCUAGGAUUGUUAGAGAGGCAUUUUUUGUAGCUACUACUGGUAGACCUGGACCUGUUUUGAUUGAUGUUCCUAAAGAUGUUCAGCAACAAUUGGCGGUUCCCAAUUGGGAUUUGCCUGUUAGGGUUGCUGGUUAUGUUUCUAGGAUGCCAAAGAUUCCGAGUUUGGCGGAAUUAGAGAGCGUUGUGAGGCUAGUUUCGGAGGCGAAGAAACCGGUUUUGUAUGUUGGUGGUGGCUGUUUGAAUUGUAGUGAGGAAUUGAGAAGGUUUGUGGAGAUUACGGGUAUUCCGGUAGCGAGUACUUUGAUGGGCCUUGGUGUUUACCCUGUUGGUGGUGAUGAUUCUCUUCAGAUGUUGGGGAUGCAUGGAACUGUUUAUGCUAAUUAUGCUGUUGAUAAGAGUGAUUUGUUGCUUGCAUUCGGGGUUAGGUUUGAUGAUCGUGUAACUGGGAAGCUUGAGUCUUUCGCGAGUAGGGCGAAGAUUGUGCACAUUGAUAUUGAUUCUGCUGAGAUUGGGAAGAACAAGAUCCCACACGUGUCGAUUUGCGCAGAUGUGAAAGUGGCAUUGGAAGGGAUCAAUGGGAUCUUGGAGGAAAAGGGGGUCAAUAAAAAGAAUCUUGGUCUUGAGGAUUGGAGGGAAGAGCUGAGUGUGCAGAAGCAGAAGUUCCCAUUGAGUUAUAAGACUUUUGGUGAUCUGAUUUCGCCGCAGUAUGCAAUUCAGGUUCUUGAUGAGCUCACAAAUGGGGAUGCAAUCAUUAGUACCGGUGUAGGUCAGCAUCAGAUGUGGGCGGCACAGUUUUACAAGUACAAGAGGCCGAGGCAGUGGUUGACAUCAGGGGGUCUUGGCGCUAUGGGUUUCGGCUUGCCUGCUGCAAUUGGCGCAGCUGUGGCUAACCCUGGAACUGUCGUUGUUGACAUCGAUGGGGAUGGUAGCUUCAUCAUGAAUGUACAAGAGUUGGCAACCAUAAAGGUGGAGAAUCUACCGGUUAAGAUUCUGUUGUUGAAUAAUCAGCACUUGGGUAUGGUUGUUCAGUGGGAAGACAGGUUCUACAAGUCCAAUAGAGCUCACACAUACCUCGGCAACCCUACGAAUGAGGCUGAGAUUUUUCCAAACAUGUUGAAGUUCGCCGAGGGUUGUGGAAUACCAGCAGCACGUGUGACGAAGAAGGAAGAUCUUAGAGCCGCAAUCAAGAAGAUGCUGGACACGCCCGGCCCUUACCUUCUUGAUGUGAUUGUGCCUCAUCAAGAGCAUGUCUUGCCAAUGAUCCCAAGUAAUGGAUCCUUCAAUGAUGUGAUUACUGAGGGUGAUGGAAGAACUAAAUACUGAUGGUUUUGUAUUAUGGUAUGCUUAUUAUCAUAAAUCUAAGUUUUUGACAUGUUGUAAGCAUCAUAGUUUGUUGUAGUAAAACUAGUGCUUUGGUUAGCAACGUUAGUUACUUUCCUUUUCUUCAAGUAGUACUGUAGUAGUAACCAGACAGUGGCAUGUAUUUGUUGUAUGUCAUCUUUGUUUCACUCUUACUUUUUUGCUAUGGUGAGAGAAUGAAGUGAUAUUUAUUAGAGUAAA